AUGGGUCAGUGUUCAGCAGUGGAUGGCGUUCCACAAGACUUCCAUUUGGCUCAUUACGGCUCGUUUGCAUUGGGCGGCGCCGGUAUGGUUAUGGUGGAGGCAACCAACGUGGAGGAGAGGGGUAGAGCCACCCCAGGGUGCACAGGGCUUUGGAACGACACCCAAAUGAAUGCAUGGAAACGGGCGACAGAUUUAGUGAGUAAACUUGGAUCAGUACCGGCCAUACAGUUGGCACAUGGAGGACCAAAGGCUAGUUGUGUCCCCUUUUGGGAGGGCUAUGAAUCGUUAGCCGACGAGAAGGGAGGCUGGCCUACCAUUGGACCCACUGCUCAACCAUUUGGAGGACCCGUUUGGAAAGUGCCGAAAGAGGCCUCAAUUGAAGACAUUCAAGAAUUGACACAUUUGUGGGCGGAGUCCGCUAAACGUGCCGUUACUGCAGGCUUUCGGGUAAUAGAGUUACAUUACGCGCAUGGAUAUUUAGUGAGUAGUUUCCUAUCCCCGGCCACUAAUCAUCGGUCGGACAGUUACGGCGGAUCACUGGAGAAUCGGAUGCGCUUUGCUAUGGAG